ACGGGUCUCGCGAGACGACGGGUCCUCCGAGGGUCCAAACCUCGCGCGCGCACGCCGAGCGUCCAGCCGUCGAGUCGAUUCUUCGACGGGCGGCGGCGGCGGCAACGGCAACGGCUGGGGCGCGAACCGCCACCCACCCCGAGCCUCAUGGAGGAGCAGCGGGGCCCCGAGAGCGACGCCACCCUGGCCCGCGCCCAAGCUCGGUUCGAGAAGGGCGACUACGAGGCGGCCGAGGCGCUGUACUCGGCGUAUAUCCGCCAGUGCGUCGGCGCAGCCCCCGGGGGCGCGGCUCCCGGGAGCAAAUGCCGCCCCAAGGAUUUGGCUACCGCAUAUAACAACAGGGGGCAAAUCAAGUACUUCAGGGUUGAUUUCGACGACGCCAUGGAUGACUACACGGCUGCCAUCGAGGUCCAGCCCGAUUUCGAAGUUCCCUAUUACAACAGAGGACUGAUACUGUACCGGCUAGGAUAUUUUGACAGUGCUUUGGAGGACUUCAAGAAGGUCUUAGAUAUAAAUCCUGGAUUUCAAGAUGCCACCUUGAGCUUAAAACAGACUAUUCUAGACAAAGAAGAAAAACAAAGAAGAAAGUACUGAAAAAAAAUGUGAAAAUUUUAAUUGAUCCUUAUACCUGUACCUAAUCAUCUCUAAUUUAAAGUAGACAUUGAAAGUAUUUUAAUUUAUGUUUAAAUUAUCAGCAUUUGUGCUGAGAAAGUAUUUAAUGUAGUUAGUGGUAGAUUGAGAAGCUAUUUAGUGUCGACUAAACAUGCUUUUAAUAAAGUGUACAUAA